ACUCACUAGGAGCGCACAUUACGUAAAGGUCCGAGCUCUGGCAGCGGCCAUUUCGCAGUGUUUCUGCUCGGUCAAGAAUCACACUUUCUAACGGUCAUGUCUGGUAGAGGGAAAACCGGAGGCAAAGCCCGAGCAAAGGCCAAGUCCCGCUCCUCCCGGGCCGGACUCCAGUUCCCGGUGGGUCGAGUCCACAGGCUAUUGCGCAAGGGCAACUACGCGGAGCGCGUCGGCGCUGGGGCUCCGGUGUAUCUGGCGGCGGUGUUGGAGUAUCUGACCGCUGAGAUCCUGGAGCUGGCAGGCAACGCGGCCAGGGACAACAAGAAGACCAGGAUCAUCCCCCGGCACCUCCAGCUGGCCGUGCGUAACGACGAGGAGCUCAACAAGUUGCUGGGAGGUGUGACCAUCGCUCAGGGAGGAGUGCUGCCCAACAUCCAGGCUGUCCUCCUCCCCAAGAAGACGGAGAAACCGGCCAAGAGCAAGUAAAAGACUCCGCAGGCCCGGGUUCAGCCGGGACAAAGGGCUCACCUCGGAGCCAGCCACUUUUUCAUAUCCGUGUUCGUUUUUUUGGAUAAUCAACCUUUCAAACAGGGGGCAGUGUUUGGUGUGGCUGUUUCUACAACGGAAACAUAGACUCGCUCAUCAUCGGGACUAGUCAGACUGCUCAGCCGCCACUGUGGCGGCGCUGGCUGGGGAAAAUGGAGGCGCGUUCUGAAGGCUUAUGGAUGAGGAAGGCCGUGGAAAAAAUCAGUUAAUAUGGACCAAUUCUGAAGGGAGGGGUUGGUUUUAGUCUUGCAAAGCUGCUACAAAACGUGCGUAAUUGUUGUAUUGUUCAUGUCAUGUUUCAAUAAAUGUCAUGUAGCCUUUUGGCACGGGGCGAAUACA